CCAGCUGGACCUGCAGCCUGAGAAGUUUUGCGCGCAGAUGCUGAGAACGCGGACACAGUUAAUUGCUAUUAAUAUAUUUUGUAUAAUGGAAAUUUCAGUUACCUCUGAAGUCUGGGACACAUUUUAUUUCAUUGCAAUGCUCCUCAAACAGUUCAAAUGAAUUCACCGAGGAAUGAAGUGAAGCUUUUUUGAAAUGGAAUCAGAUGAUCCACUUGGUGUGAGGAAUCAGGAGAACAUCUUUGCUGCUUUUACCAACAUAUCACCAACAAUAGCAGGACCCGACGAGCACGCGCCCGCGUCCUCUUACGAUAUGCUUAUUACAUCCAUACUCGGCACAAUUUUGACCAUAAUGUGUUUGGUUGGCGUGGUUGGAAACGUUUACACUCUGGUCAUUGUGAACACCUCUGCGCGCGUAACUGGAUCGAUGUAUGUCUACAUUGUGAACUUGGCUCUGGCGGAUCUGCUGUACCUCUCCACCAUCCCGUUCGUGGUUUGGACGUAUUUUGCGAAGGACUGGUACUUUGGCGACAUUGGGUGCCGCGUUCUGUUCAGCCUGGAUUUCGCCACCAUGCACGCGAGCAUCUUCAUCUUGACCACCAUGUGCACGGAGCGCUAUCUGGCCGUCGUGAACCCGCUAGACACCUUCGGCCGGUCCCGGCGCUACAGGCGCGCGGUCACAUGCCUCGUGUGGCUCUUUUCCUUCAUCCUGGCUCUACCGACCAUGAUCAUGAUUGACCUCAAGAGAGACGUGCACAAUGGAGUAGAGAAGCGCAUGUGCCACCCGACCUGGAAGAUGACCGCGUACAGGGUGUAUCUGACCGUUCUGUUCAACACCUGUAUCUUGGUUCCUGGAUUAAUCAUCGGUUAUCUCUAUCUGAAGUUAGCCCGGACCUACUGGCUGUCGCAAACCUCUGUAUUCCCAUCCAGAGGAAUGAAGAAGUGUCCUAAGCAAAAGGUGUUAUACAUGAUCUUAGGUAUAGUUCUGACCUAUUGGGCGUGUUUCUUACCCUUCUGGUUGUGGCAGUUGCUCAGUAUCUAUUAUUACGCGCACGGGAGGCUCUUGAGCAGCACGGUGGUGUACAUUAACUUUGCUGUGACCUGUUUGGCGUACAGUAACAGUUGUAUCAACCCUUUCUUGUACACUUUAUUAACGAGGAAUUAUCAGGAAUAUGUGAGGGACAGACAAAAAAACAGCAGAGAGUUAAAGAAGAGGUUCAGACUGUCAUCUCAAAGGUCUGUGUCUUCUGGAAGUCAACAGUUCUCUAAUACUUUGACUAAUACGCACCCUAAUGGCAUUCUGGAUGCUUAUAGCACAUUCUGAAAAUAUUUCUUAAACAUGGCAGUUGGAUAAUUGAUUAAAAUUUGA